CACCCCUGCACCCACCAGAGGACUUGCAUAUUGUCCCCUAGGAAGGACCUUCUCUUGUCAGUCUGAGAUCAAAUCUCAACUACAACCUUGCCUUCACUAAUCAGGACUCCUGUAUUCAAUUUCUCAAAAUGAGGCUCUCCGCUCAGCUCCCGGGGCUACUGAUGCUCUGGGUGCCUGGAUCCAGUGGGGACAUUGUGAUGACCCAGACUCCACUCUCCCUGCCUGUCAUCCCUGGAGAGCCGGCCUCCAUCUCCUGCAGGUCUAGUCAGAGCCUCCUGCAUAGUGAUGGAUACACCUAUUUGCACUGGUACCUGCAGAAGCCAGGCCAGUCUCCACAGCUCCUGAUCUAUUUGGGUUCCAACUGUGCCUCUGGAGUCCCAGACAGGUUCAGUGGCAGUGGGUCCGGCACUGAUUUCACACUGAAAAUCAGCAGAGUAGAGGCUGAGGAUAUUGGCAUUUAUUACCGCAUGCAAAAUCUACAAAUUCCUUCCACAGUGCUACAUCCUCAAAAAGAAACCUCCCUGCUGGGGUUGCCCAGCUGCUCACAUGCACCGCUUUUCUGGUGCAAGGCAGGGACAUGCACUGAGCAGCAGCUGCCCUCACUAGGAGAGAGGGUUCACUCUACUGAUCUUUCCCAAGUUCUCUCCUUUACAUGCUCUCCAGAAAUUCAGGCUCCAGAGGAGCAGCUCCAGAGCCCCCAGGAACACGCUGGUGCCAGAUGUGACAUCCAGAUGACCCAGUCUCUAUCCUCCCUGUCUGCAUCUGUAGGAGACAGAGUCACCAUCACUUGCCGGGCAAGUCAGGGCAUUAACAAUGAGUUAGCCUGGUAUCAGCAGAAACCAGGGAAAGCCCCUACACUCCUGCUCUAUUCUGGAUCCAGUUUGCAUACAGGGGUCCCAUCUCAGUUCAGCGGCAGUGGAUCUGGGACAGAUUUCACUCUCACCAUCAGCAGCCUGCAGCCUGCAGCCUGA